AACMAGCAAAAUUGUCAACCAAGGCGAUGUUUUCUAGUUUCGUUCCGCAUGGGUAAACAAAUGCACCUGUAAGAAGUCGUACAACACAACGAGACCCACUUCACCAUCCACAACCACCAUCACCUCCUUCCUUUGACACAUCGAAAUCAAGUGAAUUGGCUUAACGGUCGAUCGAUUUCUAACACAGAAACACAGCAACCCUAAUUAUAUGUUUGACUAUAUCAAAAGCAUGGUGACGACACGCAGAAGAUCUGCUCGGAUAAAGAAAAUGCAAGGAGACGACGAGAUCGGUUCCGAGAAUGUGCAGCAACAAGAAGGCCCUGGGGACGAUGGCGACGAUGACAGCGRCGAGGUGGAGGCAGCGGCGAACAAUGAUGCAGUGACGAAACACAGCGACGGCGAAGAAGAAGCUGCCGCAUCGUCGGCMAAAAAGUCGAAGGCCCGAAAGAAAAAGGAACUCAGGAGGCAGCGCAAGGAAGAUCUCAAAUCCAAGGCGACUGGGGUCGGACUGAAAAUAUCUGUCGAUUCUUCUGGAAGCGCUCCCGUCAACAAAAAAAUCGUCUUUGGUGACUACGACGAGGACGACGCCGAGAAAGACACGAAGGAAUCGACGAGUUCCGAAGAKGUAUCCGCGAAAGAAGACAAAGGUGGCAAGGUGGAGGAAAACUGCGAGGACGAGGAUGAUGACGAUGCUGUCGAGGAGGUCCAGGGCAGUGCCGCCCGGGACGAAGUCAUGGAUCGAAUGAAGAUGGAAGAAAAGCAGUCGCUGAAAACAAAAAAGAAGCGAAACCGAAAAGCCCGAAAGGAAAAACCAAAGCCAAAAGAGUACGGGAGCGACGACGAAAUGGACGACGAGUUUUUUGCACAGCUCAAUUCGGUGCGCCAAAAGGAAGAAGCACAGGAACGGAGGGAAGAGGAAAAGUCGAGGGCGGCUGCGAAGGGCAAGCACACGACCUUUGUCUUUGCGCAGAACAAGGACGACGACCAGGCUCCCAGCGGUCCCAUACAAAUCGACGAGAACAUUCAGGUGGUUGUCCUCAAGGAUCCGUCGUCGUCCGUGGGUGUCGCUUCUGCGCCAGCGACACAAGUGUCAAAGGUGGCGCUCRCAUACUCCCGGAACCGGCUGAAGGAUGGAUCCGAUCCCUCCGCUGGGGCCACCGAGGCGAAGCGCAAGCGAAACCGAUCGGGCGAGGAGGUCCAGCCCUGGAAACGCGUGGCCCGACCGCGGCUUGCGAUGGGGCGCUCGAGAAUGACCAAGGGAAAGCCAGCAGCCUUUUUUACCAAGAAGAAAAAGAAGYGGUAGARGGACGUGGCAAUAUACUUAUAUUACUACUAUUAAUAAUAUUCUAACUCUAUA